UCCAAACACUUUGCAUCCUACACAAAUGCUCGAUCAGUUACGCCACAAUCACUACUAAUUACGACAAUGGAGGACCAGUCCGCCAUAGCCAGGCUGCGUGCCAUCUUCAACAAGUCAGCCGACGCCCAAGAUUAUGAGCCUUUGGGCGAUGCUGAUGAAGAUGUGCGACGGCCUAUCCUGGUUGUUCCGGACCCCGCUGAGCCGUUUUCCUACGUGGAAUACUCCGUCUUCCUCUUGCUGGGCAUUGCUAUGUUAUGGGCUUGGAACAUGUUCCUCGCCGCGGCUCCCUACUUUCAGAGUCGAUUUAGAGACGAUGCUCACAUUCUAAACCAUUUCCAAUCCGCCAUUAUCUCCGUCGGAUGCGUUACGAACCUGAGCUCCAUGCUCAUCCUCAAUCACCUACAAGCAACAGCCUCGUACCCCCGACGAAUCAUAUACGCCCUUAUUUUGAAUAGCAUUGUGUUCACCCUCCUCUGCAUAUCGACCUCCCUCUUCCCCAAUGUUUCAUCACCGGGGUACUUGGCAUUCACAUUGAUAAUGGUAUUCUCCACGUCUUGUGCUACGGGCCUCAUUCAAAACGGAGCUUUCGCCUUUGCGUCCAGUUUUGGGAGGGGGGAAUACAUUCGGGCUAUUAUGACAGGUCAGGCAGUCGCAGGCGUUCUUCCCUCUUUUGCACAAAUCAUGUCUGUGUUGGCAAUUCCAGUACAUGACAAAUGGGAAGACCCAUCUAUUCUUGCCGACAGCCUGGCAAACGAAGCAAAGACCUCUGCAUUCAUAUACUUCCUGACCGCAACCAUGAUUAGUCUCUUCACACUAUUUGCCUUCCUACCCCUGGUGCGAAAGCAUAAUCGAAUUGUCAAGCUCAAAAUGAUGACGGAAGCUGAAAGCGACGAUGGAUUAGAAGGAGGGAAGCGGAAAACUGUUUCCAUGUGGACUCUCUACAAGAAACUACACUUCAUGGCGGGAACAGUGUUUGUCUGUUUCGCUAUAACCAUGUUCUUCCCCGUCUUCACCCAGAAGAUCCUCUCGGUCGUCCCCGAAGACCGUGCACCCCGACUCUUCCAACCGACCACGUUUAUCCCCCUCGGCUUUCUGGUUUGGAAUCUCGGAGAUUUCGGUGGUCGGCUACUUACAAUCAUUCCCGUGCCUAACAUUAGCAGUCGCCCCUGGCUCAUGUUCACCCUCUCGCUUCUCCGCGGUGCUCACCUCCCAUUGUACCUAUUGUGCAAUAUUGAAGGCAAAGGUGCCAAGAUCAAAAGCGAUGCAUUCUAUCUCAUUAUCGUACAAUCGUUUUUCGGGGCCACCAACGGCUAUCUUGGUAGUUUGGCCAUGAGUCACGCCAAUGAUUUCGUGGCAGAAGAGGAAAGGGAGGCUACUGGGGGCUUUAUGAGUAUGAAUCUGGUUGCGGGAUUGACGUUUGGGUCUCUAUUGAGUUUCGCAGCUGGUAGCGUUUCGUGA